UUUUGGGGUCGCAGGAGGGGGAAGGGGCGGCGGGACGGCAUGGGGCAUAUGGUCUGAGCCACGGGAUUUCGAGAUCAGCCUGGCGAAGGAAGAGUUUGAGGAGGGACCAAUCAUCCCGGGGUGGACGGGGGAACCGGGCUAGCACUGCGCCGCCUUAGGUUUGGGGUCGACUGCUCCCUUCAUCCUCAGGCUUGGAAAGAACGGUUCGGGGCUGGCAGCACCGCCUUUGAGACACACAUCUCCCAGUUUGGGAGACUCGAUUCCGGGCAGUCGCGGAUUGAUGAUGUUUAAUUCUUUCAAGGCAGACGCCCACCCACUUCUGUACUAAUUUCAAAGUUUUGUCUGAAGUCACCUCUAUAAAGAGCUUCAGAAGAGAGAACUGCAUAGAAAAGGAAGGAAUAACCUCUGGACUAUUUCCAUUAGAGUUCCAGCUCAGGAAGAGAAUAAAUAAAAGUGCCGCUGUGUUCAGAAAGCCCAGGAGUGGAGACCAUGGAGACUUUGACCUCAAGACAUGAGGAGAGAGGUUCAGGUCAAUCAUCUAAGAGCUCAGAGAAGGCUGCACUUCUUCCUCAUGGCUUCUUUCUCUUCCUGCAGCGAUUCAUUCUCAAGCCUCAGCCCCUUGCCAAGGAGAAGAUAAGACCAACUUUCAGGAGUCGUUGACGUUCAAGGACGUGGCUGUGGUCUUCACCGCGGAGGAGCUGGAGCUGUUGGACUGUGACCAGAGGAAGCUAUACAGAGAUGUGAUGCUGGAGAGCUUCAGGAACUUGGUCUCUGCGGGGCAACAGCCUUUCAAAUCUGAUAAGAUACUCCAUUUGGAACAAGAUAAAGAAACUUCAGUGACGAAGAGAGAAGCUGUAAUGGAUGCUUAUCCAGGAGACAAGAAUGAAAAGGAUAUUGAGUAUAUUCAAGAAAAAGAAUUAAAAGUCCUUUUAUACAAAGAGCUUUCAUACUGGAAACUGUGGGAACAGGUGACUGGUGAAUUAACUGGGACUCAGGACCGUCCAAUAAAUCUUCAGGGGAAAGAUUUCCAGUUUUCAGAAGAUGCUUCUCACUGUCAAGGGUGGGAGGACAAAUCUACUCAGUGUUUUCAGAUUGAGGAUGUGGUGGACAGUCUUCAAGAGAAUGGUCCCAUCAGUGUAGAAAAUAAAGGGUUUCCAGCCUGGAAAAGUGUGAGCCCGGUCCCCAUUCAGGAAUCUUGGGCCAUUGUGAAUGAGCCUUGGAAUGUUCAAGGAGGGUGUAAAAAAAUCAACAUGGAAGAUACACUGUAUAAACGUGAUUGGGAUGAUCAUGGCUUCUGCUGGAUAUCACAUUGCCACGGUGAUCACAGACUGUCUGAACCUUAUAAAUGCGAUGAGUAUCAAAAUCACUGUGUUGGCGAGGCAAUACUUUGUCACGGUAACCCUAGUGAGAAUGGCUUUAAAAGCGAGGAAGGUGGAAAUGGCUUCAGGGAUGAUUCCAACCCUCCCACUCAUCCACGAGUGCACUUGGAAGAGGAACCCUAUGGAUAUCAGGAAUACGUGAGGCAGAGUGCCUGUCCUGACAGACACCAAAGUAUCCCCUUAGGAGGGCUAUCAGCUGUAAGUGUUGAGUGUGAUCACGGCUCCAGGCAAAGUGUUGACCCUCUUAAGGUCUACACAGAUGAGAUGCCCUACAAAUGUGAUGUCUGUGGGAAGGGGUUCAGGUAUAAGUCCGUUCUCCUUAUUCACCACGGAGUGCACACAGGAAAGAAACCCUAUGAAUGCGAGGAGUGUGGUAAGGCCUUUGGCCGCAGUUCCAACCUGCUUGUCCAUCAGAGAGUCCACACAGGAGAGAAACCAUAUAAAUGCAGCGAGUGUGGAAAAGACUUCAGUUACAGCUCCGUACUUCAAGUCCAUCAGAGUCUGCACACGGGAGAGAAGCCCUACACAUGCAAUGAGUGUGGCAAAGGGUUCUGUGCCAAGUCCGCAUUGCAUAAGCACCAGUACAUCCACCUAGGAGAAAAGCUUGAUGGCUGUGUCGAGUAUGGAAAAAAAUUGACUUGUAGCUCACCUCUUAGCAGUCACCAGAAAACGCACACAAGAGAGAAACCCUACCAAUGUGACGAGUGUGGUAAAAGUUUCAGUUACAACUCGUACCUUCAAGCUCAUCAGCGAAUUCACACGGGGCAGCGCAUCUAUGAGUGUGGUGUAUGUGGUGAGAGUUUCAGUUACAGCGCAGGGUUUCUCAUGCAUCAGAAACUGCACACAGGAGAGAAACCCUUCAAAUGUGAGUGUGGGAAGGGCUUCGGCCGAAGCUGGGACCUCCAAGUCCAUCAGAGGGUCCACACCGGAGAGAAGCCCUUCACGUGCCUCGAGUGUGGGAAGGGCUUCUGGCGGAUCUCAGACCUUCACAGUCACAAGAAAGUCCACACUGGAGAGAGGCCCUACGUAUGUGAUGUGUGUGGUAAAGGUUUUAUUUUCAGCUCUGACCUCCUCAUUCAUCAGAGAGUCCACACAGGAGAGAAACCCUAUAAAUGUCCUGAGUGUGGCAAAGGCUUCAGUUAUAGCUCAGUACUUCUCAUUCACCAGAGAGUCCACACAGGUGAGAAACCUUAUAAAUGUGAAGAGUGUGGCAAGGGCUUUAGGUGCACCUCAAAUCUUCACAAACAUCAGCGAGUCCACACAGGAAAGAAACCCUAUACGUGUGAUGAAUGUGGCAAGGGUUUCAGUUACAGCUCAAAUCUUCGCACCCAUCAGAGAUUACACACGGGAGAGAAACCCUACACAUGCUUUGAGUGUGGAAAAGGCUUCAGGUUCAGCUCGGGUCUGCUCAGCCACGAGAGAGUGCACACGGGAGAGAAACCAUAUAGGUGUGAUAUAUGUGGGAAGAGCUACAGUCAGAUCUCACAUCUUUACGGCCAUCAGAGGGUCCACACGGGAGAGAAGCCCUAUAGGUGUGAAGAGUGUGGGAAGGGCUUUAGUCAAAGCUCCUCUCUUCAGGUCCAUCAGAGAGUCCACACAGGAGAGAGACCCUAUAAAUGUGAGGAGUGCGGGAAAAGCUACACUCAAAGCUCACGUCUGCGAAAUCAUCAGAGAGUGCAUUUUAAGUGAGAAAUGUUAUAAGUAGAUGUAAGUUGAGGACUCUAGUUAGAACUCAGGACAUUAUAUUUAUUUGAGAGCCAACGCAGGAGAAAGACUUUAUGAAGGUGAUGUGUAUGAAGGGCUGCUUUAGAGGCUGAAUUUUUCAGAGUCAUCAGCUCAUCUACAGAGGAAGGGAAGAUCUGAAGUUUUGAUAGAGUGAGCACUUUAGUCACAAACUUUAGUCUUCAAGACUCUGUUGUACAGCAGAAUAAUCCUUAAAAAAAUGGCACUUAAGUUGGGUUCUCUAUGGAAGCAAGAGCAAUGAGCCAUAUAUAUAUACAUACAUAUAUAUAAAAAAAGAACCCAGUUCCGUCGUGUCGUUUCCAACUCAGCGAUCCUAUAGGACAGAGUAGAACUGCCCCCAUAGAGUUUCCAAGGAGCGUCUGGCGGAUUUGAACUGCCAACCCUUUGGUUAGCAGCUGUAGCUCUUAACCACUACGCCACCAGGGUUUCCAUAUAUAUGUAUACAUACAGAUAUAUAUAUGUAUGCAGCAAGUGAGAGAGAGAUUUAUCUCAAUGAAAUGUCUCAUAUGGCUGUAGAGGCUGGCAGGUCCCAAGUCUGUGGGUCAGGCAUCAGGUAGGAGGCUUCUCCUGAGUCAGGUAGCUGCUGGGGCUGACAAACCCAAGAUCAGUAGGUCAGAUGGCAGGCUGCUGGCUCAUAGCCGGCAGAGGCCAAUGAAUCCCAAGAUUGGCGGACAGCAUGGCAGACUGUUGACUCAAAUCCUGAGAACUGGAGGCCAGGUGAUGACGAUCCAGAGAGAGCAAAAACCAGCCAGCUUUGCUGGAAUAUCCAUGUAUAUUGGAUGCAGACCGAGGACACUCCCCUUACAACUAAUCUGAUCACAUCAGAUCACAUCAUGGAGGUCAUUACAUUAUAUCACAGAUUGGAAGAUAACUACAUCAUUACAUAACCUACAAACUACAUCAUUACACAACAGCCAAACCACUGAGAAUCAUGGCUCAGCUAAGUUAGCACACAACCUUAACCAUUGCAAUCCACCCCUUGUCAAACUGAUACCUGUACACAUCUCCUUAAACCUUACACAAUCUCUGAAUAUAUUUGCAUCAUAUGUGUACCUAAUGUGAUACAAGUAACAUGCAUACAACUGAAAACACACUAGCCCUGUUUACUACAUCUUAUAUUUUGUAAGUGAAGAAAAUAAAAAUAUUUGAUGAAAGUAUACAAGUAAGGAAUACUGCUAACAGUUCCAGUCCUUGUUUCUGCAACUGGCCACAUGGUUAUAACUGGUAUUUAGAAAAACCUUUCCCCCCCAAGUCCAUAUUCCUUUUGCCCUCAGCAAGCACGUCAGCUGGUUGUGGUUCUUUGCAUGAUGGGGUGACCCAAACCUUCAUUCCUGAAGGAUCUGGACCCUUAGUAGUCAUGUCAGAAUUGAGUUACUGUAGUUUUCCAUUGACUUUAAUCAUAAGGCAUGGUAGUACUAGGAGUCUUCGUAAUGGAUCUCCCAUAUUCCAGACAUACUGUUUUUCAUUGCUAUUAUGUGACAUCAAUUCAGUUUUCCCUUGGUAAUCAGGAUCAGUCACACCAGACAGCAGUUCACUUUGCCAGCUGAUCCAGAGGCAUGAUGAGCACAAAGUGGUUGGGCAGCAUUCUUAACUCCCAGUUCAAUGGAUUCAGUGUUGUGUCUCUGGUAGAAGCAUUCUUUCCUUUGGAACUAAGACCUCUAGAGCCACAGAGCACAGGGCAGUGGGAACAGGAGGCAAACAUUUUGUGAGUGGGUUACUAGGGGUAAUAGUGGUGCUGUUCCCAUUUCCAUUCCUUAAUUCCUAGACCCAUGAAUCCUGACUAUGGGAGAAACAGCACCAUAUGUUGGAUGCUGGUUUAGAGCAUAUACAGCCACCUGGAGAGCACUGCCCCAACCCUACGAAGUAUUGCCAGCUAGCUGGCACCAUAAUUGUGUCUUUAGAAGGCCAUCCCAUCGUUCUAUCAGGCCAGUUGGUUCAGGAUGAUGGGGAACAUGGUAAGACCAGUGAAUUACAUGAGCAUGGGCCCAUUCCUGUGCUUUAUUUGCUGUGAAGUGAGUCCCUUGGUUUGAGACAGUGCUGUGGGGAAUACCAUGACAGUGGAUAAGGUAUUCUGUAAGUCCAUAGAUGGUAGGUUUGGGAGAAGCAUUGCAUGCAGGGAAGGCAAAUCUGUAUCAAAAGUAAGUCUAUUCCAGUAAGAACAAAAUGCUGUCCUUUCCAUGGUGGAAGUGGUCCAAUGUAAUCAACCUCUGCCAGGUUUGCUGACUGAUCACCUCAAGAAAUGGUGCCGUAUUGGAGACUCAGUGUUGGUCUCCGCUCCCGGAAGAUUGGGCACUCAGCAGUGGCUGUUGUGAAGUUGGCCUUGUUGACUGGAAAUCCAUGUUGCUGAGCCCCUGCGUAACCUCCAUCCCUGCCACCAUGGCCGCUUUAUUCAUGAGCCCACUGGGCAAUGACAAGAGUGGCUGGGGAAAGAGGAUGACUGGUUUCCACAGAAUGCAUCAUCCUAUGCACUUGAUUGUUAAAAUCCUCCUCUGCCGAGGUCACCCUUUGGUGAACAUUCAUGUGAGACACAAAUGUCUUCAUUCUUUGACCCAUUCAGAGAGGUCUGGCCACAUAUCUCUUCACCAUACUUUUUUGUCUCUAAUUUUCUAAUCAUGUUCCUUCCAAGUCCCUGACCAUCCAGCCAAACCAUUGGCCACAGCCCAUGAAUCACUGUACAAUCACACAUCUGGCCAUUUCUCUUUUCAAGGAAAGUGAACAACCAUGUGCACUGCUCAAAAUUCUGCCCUUUGGGAGAAUUUCGUUUUGCUGUUCUACAGUGAGAUCCCAGAAAGGGGUUUUACUGCUGCCUAGAAAUUUAACUGAGGUGGAAGGGGCUGGAAUUUUUAUCAGAUUAAUUUCCCACACUCUAGCAUGCAAAUGUUUUGCCAGUAUGUCCAGAGUCAUUGAGACUUUUUAGUCCAAUUAGAAUAAUGUCAUCAAUGUAAUGAACUAGUGUGAUAUGGAAGGAAAAGACGGUCAAGGUCCCUGCAGCCUAAACUGUGACAUAGGGCUGGAAAGUUGAUAUACCCUUAAGACAGGACAGUGAAGAUGUGUUGCUGGACUUGCCAGCUGAAGACAAACUGCUUCUGGUGUUCCUUUAAAACUGGAAUCAAGACAAAGCCACUAACCAGAUCAAUAGCUGCAUACCAGGUACCAGGAGAUAUAUUAAUUUGCUCAAGGAAUGAAACCACAUCUGGAACAGCAGUGGCAAAUGAAGUCACCACCUGGUUAAGUUGACAAUAAUCCACUGUCAUUCUCCAAGAUCCAUUUGUUUUUUGCACAGGCCAAAUAGGUGAGUUGAAUAGGGCUGUGGUGGGAAUCACCACCCCUGCAUCCUUGAAGUCUUUGAUGGUGGCAGUAAUCUCUGCAAUCCUUCCAGGAGUGUGCUAUUACUUUUGGUUUAUUAUUCUCCUAGGUAGGGGCAGUUCUAAUGGCUUCCACUUGGCUUUUCCUAUCAUAAUAGCUUUCCUCCACUAGUUAGAGAUACAAUGUGGGGGUUCUGCCUGCUGCUGCGUAUAUCUAUUGCAAUUAUGCAUAUCUGGAAAUAGGGAAAUCACUACAGGAUUAGUGUCAGUUGAGAGCCAGUAUCUGGUAAACCCCUAAAAGUCUGAUUAUUUCCUUUUCCCCCAAUGAAUAGUCACGCUUGUAAAAGGUCAUAGAUCCCUUUGGGGAAGACAGGGAGAAAGAUUUUCAAUAUGAAUUUUUGGCAAUGUAGUAGGGUCCUUCCUCAAGGGGACCUGGCCUCCCAUCAUUCAAGGGGUUGUGGAUAUAUAAGCUUGCUCAGAUCUGGGAAUUGAUCAAUGGACUGUGACUCUCCAUUCUGGCCAUUUGAGGUUAAACUGCCAUUCACUUUACCUAUAAUUCCUCCAUUUGUACAGAUUAUAUAAAGAGUACAUUUCCUAUCUAUUUCACUCCUAGUGACACCAUGCCUAAGUAACCAAUGCCUUAAGUCCAUAGGAGUCAGACGAUUCUGAUGACUGCUUUGACUCUGCUGUCCAGUAUGGUAAUCAAGCUCACCUUGUCUUGUCGAUUGAGUGCUGGCACUUGGCCCCUAUCACCACGGUGUCCAAUCAGCCCUAUUGUAGUUAGUUAGAUGUCUUAAUUCAGUUAGGGCAGUUUUCACUGUCAAAUCUGACUUACAUAAGAUAGAAAUCACAGCAGUCUUCAAGAAUGCUGGGGGGGGGGACCAAGGUGGCGGAGUAGUCAGAUGCUUCCUGUGGUCCCUCUUACAACAAAGAAUGAAAAAACAAGUGAACUCAUGAUAUAUGACAAGCUAGGAGCCCUGAACAUCAAAAGCAAAUUUGAGGAAUUGGACUGAACAGCAGGAGGAGUGAGAAACAGUUCAGAAGUAGCAUGGACUUUCCAGGCCUGACCCAGCGGGAACUGGCACCUUGAGGGCCGAUUCCACUGGCACGAGUGCCAUGAGGGUGAGCAGUGGUGUUUGGGACAUGUUUUCUAUAUCGGGAGAGAACAAACAGUGGAGAGUGUGCUCACCCCUCCAGAAUAAGUGAGAAGCGGCCCUAAACUAGCAAAUAGAUAAGUAUCUGUGUUUAGCCUGUCUUGUGGUUCCAAAAAUACUCCUUUGGAAAAAAUCUCUCACCCACGUACCUGUUCCCUUCCCACUCUGCACUGCGUCCCAACUGGCUGUAUCCCUGGGCCAGAAGCACACUACACUCGCCCUGAGCCAUUCUUCCAGCCUUGGAGAGGGAACAAAUUAACAAACAGGAAAAAAUAAUCUGCCAGCUUAAGCCAGGAACUCGGCAGAAAAAACUCCUUUGCCUAGGUACAGGCAUAAGGGGUCCACAGACUUUGAAUGCAUUUUGCCCCUGCAUAGACCUGUGUGGGCCCAUUUCAACAGCAUAGGCCCUCAUUUGCACAGUACAACAAGGUAUAUACCUGAAGUCUAACUUCAACUGUUUCAGCUACACGUUGGAGAGGCAGAUAUGUGAUAUUUGACACCACUCUGCCUGUUAAGCAGGGUCCUCACCUACCCACAACGGGGUGAAGACUGGUGGCUCCACCCACGACACUAGCCACCCAUGACAGGGGCCCAAGAAUAAGUGGUGCCUCCCAGUCCUUACAACCAACGGCAUUGGGUGCGCAUAGUCCAGCUGCAAAACCCACCCAUCUGUGUGCUUUAGGGAACAGGAAUAUGCUUUCCUCACAGACACUCCAGGGCAGUUGUCAGCACCCUGCCUUGCUCAGCUCAUGACCCCCUACUGCACUCAGAUACCUGUCCCUACAUCAAUCACCCCUGCUUGUCUAGGAUUGUAGGUGAGAGCCUGCACCACACACCUGGUGACUGACUACCUGGACACCUGAGGUGAACCCAUACAAGAAAAGUGAAUGGACUCCAGGGCUCACGUACCUAGGAACAGCUCUAACCACAUGACAGCAGGACAUUAGAGCUUCAGAGGUGCCAAUAAUCAAACUAGCUAACUCAAGCAGCCUAUUUGGGCAUAUCAAAACAAAACAAGAAGCUAGGACACAGUAAGCUCAAAGACAACAGUCAACAUCAAAUCACAUAAAGAGACAGACCACAGAGGCUUAAGCAAGCUUCCAAAAAAUCAAGAAUAUCUGGAUAAAGAGAACUUCCUGGAGAGUGGGGCCCAGAUGGCGGAGUAGUCAGACACUUCUGGUGAACCCUAUUACAACAACAACAACAAAAAAGUGAACAGGUUACAUUUAUGACAAGCUAGAAGCCCUGAACAUCAAAGGCAAAGUUAGAAAAUGGACUGAGCGGAAGGGGGAGGAAGAGAUGGUUCAGAAGCAGAGAGGAAUUGCUGGACCUGAAGUCGGGGGAAACCUCAGGCACCAUUCCUGGGAGGGGCUGCCAGCAGGCUAAUGGUCAACUACCAGAGAGAAACAUCCAGCUCCACAGCAUACUAACACCUCCGGAACUGGAGAAGAACCGUGCUCUCGGCAAAAGCUAAGUACUUGUGUAUAUUUUACCACCCCUCCUGCCCCGAAGCCCAGCUUCAGUGGCUGUCAAUUUCCCUGGGCCUGAGAUAGGUCCUGUUGUGUGCUCUGAGCCAUUCACCUGGCCUUGGAGAAGGAAUAAAUUUACAAUUUGGAAAACGAUAAUCUGCCAGCUCCACUAAUCUGGGGAGCUCAGGACAGAAGCAGCUCCCGUCCAGGCAUAAAUGGUCUGUGGACAUUGAAUACCUUUCCCUCCUUUAUGGACCUUUGCAGGCCUGUCAGGAGAAUAGGCCCUUGUUGGGAGACUGCAACUGUUUCAGCUGUGAGGCAGAGAGGUGGGUGUUUGAUGUUUGACACCUCUUUGCCUAUUAAACAGGGUCCUCACCUACCCAUAUCAGGGGCCUAAGGACUGGUGGCUCCACUCAGGUCACCCAGCCACCUGCGGCAGGGGUCCAAGGAUAACUGGUACUUACCAUUCCUUACAACCAAAAGCAUUGGAUGCCCAUGGCCCAUCUGCAGAACCCACCCACCUGUGUGCUCCAGGGAAAAGGGAUGCACUUUCCUCACAGACACUUAGGUGAUGGUUGUCAUCCCCCUCCCAUGUUCAGAGCGUGACCCCCUGCUGCAAACAGAUACCGGUACCUACAGCAAUCACCCCUGCCCCCAACACUGUAGGACAUAGCCUGUACAACACACUUGGUGAUCAACUACCUGGACACCUGAGCUGAGUCCAUACAAGAAAAGUGAAUGGACUCCUAGGCUAAUAUACCUAAUCAAGCUAGCUCACUCAAGCAACCUAUUUGGGUAUAUCAAAACAAAACAAAGCAAGAAGCUAGGAUACAGCAAGCAAAAAUAAAAUAAACUAGUACAAUAACUUAUAGAUGCCUCAGAGAAAACAGUCAAUGUCAAAUCACAUGAAGAAGCAGAAUGAUCGCUUCAACAAGUUCUCAAAACAAUCAAGGGAUCUUCUGGAUGAAGGUGCCUUCAUGGACUUACCAGAUGCAGAAUACAGAAGAUUAAUAUACCGAACUCUUCAAGACAUCAGGAAGGAGAUCAGGCAAUACGCAGGACAAGCCAAGGAACACACAGAUAAAGCAGUUGAAGAAAUUAAAAAGGUUAUUCAAGAACAUAAUGAAAAAUUUAAUAAGGUGCAACAAUCCAUAGACAGCAACCAGAAAUUCAGAAGCUUAACAAUAAAAUUACAGAAUUAGACAACUCAAUAGAAAGUCAGAGGAGCAGAAUUGAGGAAGUGGAAGGCAGAAUUUAUGAGAAUGAAGAUAAAGCACUUGACACCCAUAUACUGAAGAAAAAUCAGAUAAAAGAAUUUUAAAAAAUGAAGAAACCCUAAGAAUCAUGUAGGACUCUAUCAAGAGAAAUAACCUAUGAAUGAUUGGAGUACCAGAACAGGGAGGGAUAACAGAAAAUACAGAAAGAAUUAUUGAAGAUUUGUUGGCAGAAAACUUCCCUGAUAUCGUGAAAAAAUGAGAAGAUAUCUAUCCAAGAUGCUUACUGAACUCCACAUAAGGUAGAUCUUAAAAGAAAGUCACCAAGACAUCUUAUAAUCAAACUUGCCAAAACCAAAGAUAAAGAGAGAAUUUUAAGAUCAGCUAGGGGUAAACGAAAAGUCACCUACAAAGGAGAGUCAAUAAAAAUAAGCUCGGACUGCUCAGCAGAAACCAUGCAGGCAAGAAGGCAGUGUGAUGACUUAUAUAAAGCAUUGAAGGAAAAAAAUAUCCAGCCAAGAAUCAUAUAUCCAGCAAAACUGACUCUCAAAUAUGAAGGUGAAAUUAGAACAUUUCCAGAUAAACAGAAGUUUAUGGAAUUCUUAAAAACCAAACCAAAACUACAAGAAAUAGUACAGGGAAUUCUCUGGUUAGAAAAUCAAUAAUAUCAGAUCUCAACCCAAGGCUAGAACACUGGACAGAGCAAUCAGAUGUCAAACCAGACACAAAGAAAUCAAGAUUAAAAAAAAAAAAUGCUCAAAACAGGGAAACAGUGAUGUCAUUAUGUAAAAGAAGACAAUAUAAAAACAAUAAAGAAGGACUAAGAAAUGUAGUCAUAGAUCUUUCAUAUGGAGAGCAAGACAAGGUGAUAUAAAGAAAUAAAAGUUAGCUUUAAACUUUUUUUAAAAAACUUAGAAAAAUAGGGAUAAAAUUAAGGUAACCACAAGGGAGACUAACAGUCCUACUCAUCAAAAUAAAAUACAAGAAAAAAAUAGAGACCCAACAGAAAUAAAAUCAGCUACAAAGAAUAAGAGGAAAAGACAAUAUAUAAAGAUAAGCUACUCAGCACAAAAAAUUAAGUGGGAAAAAGAAACCAUCAACAACACACAAAACAAACAUCAAAAUAACAGCAUUAAACUCAGACCUAUCCAUAAUUACCCCGAAUAUAAAUGGACUAAUUUCAUCAGUAAAGAGACAGAGAGUGGCAGAAUGCAUAAAAAACCUGAUCCAUCUAUAUGCUUCCUACAAGAGACACACCUUAGAUUUAGAGACACAAACUAAAAUUCAAAGGAUGGAAAAAAAUAUAUAUCAAGCAAACAACAAUCAAAAAAGAGCGGGAGUGGCAAUAUUAAUUUCUGACAAAAUAGACUUUAAAGUUAAAUCCAUUAGAAAGGAUAAGGAAGGACACUAUAUAAUGAUUAAAGGGACAAUACACCAAGAAGGUAUAGCCAUAUUAAAUAUUUAUGCACCCAAUGACAGGGCUUCAAGAUACAUAAAACAAACUAUCAGCAUUGAAAAGUGAGAUAGACAGCUCCACAAUAAUAGUAGGAGACUUCAACACGCCACUUUUGGUGAAGGACAGGACAUCCAGAAAGAAGCUCAAUACAGACACGGAAGAUCUAAAUGCCACAAUCAACCAACUUGACCUCAUAGACAUAUACAGAACACUCCACACAACAGCAACCAACUAUACUUUCUUUUCUAGUGCACAUGGAACAUUCUCUAGAAUAGACCACAUAUUAGGUCAUAAAGCAAGCCUUAGCAGAAUCCAAAACAUUGAAAUAUUACAAAGCAUCUUCUCUGACCAUAAGGCCAUAAAAGUGGUAAUCAAUAACAGGAAAAACAGGGAAAAGAAAUCAAACACUUGGAAGCUGAACAAUACCCUGCUCAAAAAAGACUGGAUUAUAGAAGACAUUAAGGAUGGAAUAAAGACAUUCAGAGAAUCCAAUGAGAAUGAAAACACUUCCUAUCAGAACCUUUGGGACACAGCAAAAACAGUGCUCAGAGGUCAAUUUAUAUCAAUAAAUGCACAUAUACAAAAAGAAGAAAGGGCCAAAAUCAAAGAAUUAUCCCUACAACUUGAACAAAUAGAAAGCAAAAAAAGAAACCCUCAGGCACCAGAAAAAAACAAAUAAUAAAAAUUAGAGCUGAACUAAAUGAAAUAGAAAACAGAAAAACAAUUGAAAAAGUUAACAAGACCGAAAGCUGGUUCUUUGAAAAAAUUAACAAAAUGGAUAAACCACUGGCCAAACUGACAAAACAAAUACAGGAAAGGGAGCAAAUAACCCAAAUAAGAAAUGAGAUGGGUGAUAUUACAACAGACCCAACUGAAAUUAAAAAGAAUCAUAUCAGAUUACUAUGAAAAUUUAUACUCUAACAAAUUUGCAAACCUAGAAGAAAUGGAUGAAUUUCUACAAACAGACUACCUACCUAAACUAACACAAACAGAGGUAAACAAAAACCUAGAACAACUAAAUAAACCCAUAACAAAAAAAGAGAUUGAAAAGGUAAUUAAAAAAAACUCCCAACAACAACAACAAAAAAGCCCUGGCCUCAACAGUUUCACUGCAGAGUUCUACCAAACUUUCAGAGAAGAGUUAACACCACUACUACUAAAGGUAUUUCAGAGCAUAGAAAAGGACAGAAUACUCCCAAACUCAUUCUAUGAAGCCAGGAUAUCCCUGAUACCAAAACCAGGUAAAGACACACAAAAAAGAAAAUUAUAGACCUAUAUCCCUCAUGAACUUAGAUGAAAAAAAUGCUCAACAAAAUUCUAGCCAGUAGAAUUCAACAACAUAUCAAAAAAAUAAUCCACCAUGACCAAGUGGGAUUCAUACCAGACAUGCAAGGAUGGUUCAACAUUAGAAAAACAAUGAAUGUAAUCCAUCAUAUAAAUAAAACAGAAGAGAAGAACCACAUGAUCUUAUCAACUGAUGCAGAAAAGGCAUUUGACAAAGUUCAACACCUAUUCAUGAUAAAAACUCUCAGCAAAAUAGAAAUAGAAGCAAAAAUAAUAAAGGGCAUUUAUACAAAGCCAACAGCCAACAUCAUCUUAAAUGGAGAGAGCCUGAAAGCAGUCCCCUUGAGAUGGGGAGCCAGACAAGGAUGUCCUUUAUUGGCACUCUUAUUCGACAUCGUGCUGGAGAUCCUAGCCAGAGCAAUUAGGCUAGAAAAAGAAUAAAAGGGCAUCCAAAUUGGUAAGGAAAAAGUAACAGUAUCUCUAUUUGCACAUGAUAUGAUGUUAUACACAGAAAACCCCAAAGAAUCCACAAGAAAACUACUGAAACUAAGAGAUUUCAGCAAAGUAUCUGGAUAUAGGAUAAACAUACAAAAAUCAGUUGGAUUCCUCUACAUCAACAAAGUGAAUAUUGAAGAGGAAAUCACCAAAUCAAUACCAUUUACAAUAGCCCCCAAGAAGAUAAAAUACUUAGGAAUAAAUCUAACGGGAGAGAUAAAAAACCUAUACAAAGAAAACUAAAAAUCACUACUGCAAUAAACCGAAAGAGAUCUACAUAUGUGGAAAAUAUACCUUGCUCACAGAUAGGAAGACUCAACAUUGUGAAAAUGUCUAUCCUACCCAAAGCAAUCUACAGAUACAAGGCAAUCCCGAUCCAAAUUCCAGUGGCUUUUUUUAAUGAGAAGGAGAAAGAAAUCACCAACUUCAUACGGAAAGGGAAGAGACCCCAGAUAAGUAAGGCAUUACUGAAGAAGAACAAAGUGGGAGGCCCCACUACCUGAUUUUAGAACCUAUUAUACUGCUGCAGUAGUCAAAACAGCCUGGUACUGGUACAAAAACAGAUACAUAAACCAAUGGAACAGAAUUGAGAAUCCAGACAUAAAUUCAUCCACCUACAAGCAGCUGAUAUUUGACAAAGGCCCAAAGUCUGUUAAAUGAGGAAAAGACACUCUCUUUAACAAAUGGUGCCAGCAUAACUGGGCAUCCAUCUGCAAAAAACUGAAACAAGACCCAUACCUCACACCAUGUACAAAGACUAACUCUAAAUGGAUCAAAGACUUAAAUAUAAAAUCUAAGAUGAUAAAGCCUACAGAAGAAAAAAUAGGGAUGAUACUAGAAGCCCUUAUACAUGGCAUAAACAGUAUACAAAAUAUUACUAACUGCACAAACACCAUAAGAGAAACUAGAUAACUGGGAACUCCUAAAAAUCCCGCACUUAUGCUCAUCCAAAGACUUUGCCAAAAGAGUAAAAAGACAACCUACAGACUGGGAAAAAAAUUUUGGCUAUGACAAAUCCAGUCAGUGUCUAAUCUCUAAAAUCUACAAGAUACUGCAAAACCUCAACGACAAAAAGACAACCCAGUUAAAAAAUGGGCAAAGGAUAUGAACAGGCACUUCACCAAAGAAGAGAUUCAGGCGGCUAACAGAUACAUUAGUAAAUACAAUCAUUAGCCAUUAGAGAAACGCAAAUCGAAACUACAAUGAGAUACUAUCUCACCCCAACAAGGCUGGCAUUAAUCCAAAAAACACAAAAUGAUAAAUGUUGGAGAGGUUUUGGAGAGACUGGAACACUUAUAUACUACCGGUAGGAAUGUAAAAUGGUACAACUACUUUGGAAAUUGAUUUGGCACUUCUUUAAAAAGCUGGAAAUAGAACUAUCAUAACAAUCCCCCUCCUUGAUAUAUGUCCUAGGGAAUAAAAGCCUUCACACAAAUAGAUAUAUGCACACCCAUGUUCAUUGCCACACUCUACAAUAGCAAAAAGAUGGAAGCAACCAAGGUGCCCAUCAACAAAUGAAUGAAUAAAUUAUCAUUAUUCACACAAUGGGAUACUACACAAUGAUAAAGAACAAUGAUGAAUCCGUGAAACAUCUCAUAACAUGGAGGAACCUGGAAAGCAUUAUGCUGAGUGAAAUUAGUCAGUCACAAAAGGGCAAAUAUUGUAUGAGACCACUAUUAUAAGAACUCAAGAAAAAGUUUAAACACAGAGGAAAACAUUCUUUGCUGGUUACAAGGGUGGAGAAGGAGGGAGAGGAUAUUCACUAAUUAGAUAACCAAAAACCAAACCCAGUGCCUUCGAGUCGAUUCCGACUCAUAGCGACCCUAUAGGACAGAGUAGAACUGCCCCAUAGGGCUUCCAAGGAACGCCGAAGCUGACCUGCGAGACCUCACCCUCCUGGGACGUGAGGUGUGUGUGACUCCCUCAUGAUCAGACAGGGAGGUGGAAGGAGACCUGUACGUGAUGUGAGCAGUAAAGCAAGGAACGUUGCCCUCGCUGGCCUGAACAAGCCUCCCCGACCCCCCACCCUGUCAAAAAAACAUGGCCUCACAUCACUGGCUCCAUUUCCACAUAGAUAGUAGACAAGAAAUAUUUUAGGUAAAGGAAAAGACAACACACAAUACAGGGGACAUCAGCACAACUGGACUAAUCCAAAAGCUAAGAACUUUCCUGAAUACCACCAAAUACUUCGAGGGACAGAGUAGCAGGGGCGGGGGUCUGGGGACCAUGGUUUCAGGGAAUAUCUAGGUCAAUUGGCAUAACAAAGUGUAUUAAAACUUUCCGCAUCCCACUUUGGUGAGUGGUGCCUGGGCUCUUAAAAGCUAGCAAGUGGCCAUCUAAGAUGCGUCAAUUGGUCUCAACCCACCUGGAGCAAAGGAGAAUGAAGAACACCAAAGACACAAAGGAAAAUAUGAGCCCAAGAGAAACAAAGAGCCACAUAAACCAGAGACUCCAUCAACCUGAGACUGGAAGAAGUAGGUGGUGCCUGGCUACUACCAAUGACUGCCCUGACAGGGAACAGAACAAAGAAUUCCCGAUGGUGCAGGGGAAAAGUGGGAUGCAGACCUCAAAUUCUAGUGAAAAGACCAGACUUAAUGGUCUGACUGAGACUGGAGGGACCCCAGAGGUCAUGGCCCCUGGACUCUCUGUUAGCCCAAAACUAAAGCCAUUCCUGCAGCCAACACCUCAGACAAUGAUUAGACUGGACUAUAAGGCAUAACACAAUCCUGGUGAGGAGUGUGCUUCCUAGCUCAAGUAGACAUAAGAGACUAUGUAGGCAGCUCCUGUCUGGAGACACGAUGAGAAGACAGAGAGGGACAGGAGUGGGUUGAAUGGACACGGGAAUAAAGGGUGGAGAGAAGGAGUGUGAUGUCACAUUGUAGGGAGAGCAACUAGGGUCAUAUAACAAUGUGUGUCUGUUUUUGUAUGAAAGGCUGAAUUGAAUUGUAAACUUUCACUUAAACCAGAAAAAAAAAAGAUUGCUGGCGCUCCAUUCACAUUUGUUCUUCACCGUUGUGGUAAAAGGUGUGUCCUCUGGGCACUGAAUGUGUGGGUCUAUGGGUCUAACCUGAUAAAUCCACUCUUAACAUGCCAAUUUUCCUAAGUU